AUGUCCGUGGCCCCAUUCUAUUGUCCCGGGGCCAUUCCUACACUGGGCAGCUCCCUGCAAAGUCAUUUCUCUAUAUCGGACACCAGUUGCUCUGCGAUGGCGUCGGUCUCAUCCCACAGGGAGGUAAUUUCAGUCCACGUGGGGCAGGCGGGGGUGCAGAUUGGCAAUGCAUGCUGGGAGCUGUACUGCCUGGAACACGGGAUCCUGCCAGACGGGCGACUGCUCAGCGACAUGUUCAGCGAAGAGGAUGAAUCUUUCAGCACUUUCUUCAAUGAGACGAGUGGGGGUAAAUACGUACCCCAUGCCGUGUUUGUGGAUCUGGAACCAACUGUCAUAGAUGAGGUCCGGAAAGGAUCCUACCGGAAGCUUUUCCACCCUGAGCAACUCAUCUCAGGCAAGGAAGAUGCUGCCAAUAACUACGCCCGCGGCCAUUACACCAUCGGCAAGGAGAUCAUUGACUCGGUGCUGGAGAGAAUCCGCAAAAUGGCGGAUCAAUGCAAUGCACUCCAGGGCUUCCUCAUCUUCCACAGCUUCGGGGGGGGCACUGGUUCUGGUUUCUCUUCCCUGCUGAUGGAACGUCUCUCUGUUGAAUACGGAAGAAAGUCCAAGCUGCAGUUCUCCAUCUAUCCAGCUCCUAAAAUGUCCACUGCUGUGGUGGAACCCUACAACUCCAUCCUCACCACCCACACCACCCUGGAGCAUUCCGACUGCGCUUUCCUGGUGGACAACGAAGCCAUUUAUGACAUCUGUCAACGGAACCUUGAUAUUGAAUGCCCAACUCACACCAACCUGAACCGCUUGAUUGCCCAGAUUGUGUCCUCUAUCACAGCCUCCCUCAGAUUUGAUGGGGCUCUGAAUGUGGACCUGGCAGAAUUCCAAACCAACUUGGUGCCAUUCCCUCGCAUCCAUUUCCCUGUGGUUUCCUAUGCUCCCUUUAUCUCUGCUGAGAGAGCUUACCAUGAGAAGCUCUCCAUAGCUGAGAUAACCAGUGCUUGCUUUGAGCCAGCCAAUCAGAUGGUGAAAUGUAACCCACGAAAUGGUAAAUACAUGGCUUGCUGUAUGCUGUACCGAGGUGAUGUAGUGCCCAAAGAUGUCAAUGUUGCCAUUGCUAGCAUCAAAUCAAAGCGUACCAUCCAGUUUGUGGACUGGUGCCCAACUGGUUUCAAGGUUGGUAUCAACUACCAGCCCCCAACUGUGGUUCCAGGAGGAGACCAAGCCCAGAUGCAGCGAGCUGUGUGCAUGUUGAGCAACACCACCGCCAUUGCUGAGGCCUGGGCUCACCUGGAUCACAAGUUUGACCUUAUGUAUGCCAAGCGUGCCUUUGUGCACUGGUAUGUAGGGGAGGGAAUGGAGGAAGGGGAGUUCUCUGAGGCCCGCGAGGAUAUGGCCGCCCUGGAGAAGGAUUAUGAGGAGAUAGCUUGUGAUUAUGUGGAGGAGGAGGAGGAUGGGGAAGAAGUCUAAUUCAUUAAAUCAGAAUAUUAUUACAAAUAAUACUAUUGAGACCCUUGAUGGCCUCCUUACUAAGCACCAAUAUAAUAAAGAGUAACCGUGUGUAUCGCUCUUAUUGUCUUCAGAAAAACAGGGUCAAAUAAGAUGAACAGUCUGACACCAGAAAAAAGAUUUAUUGAAAAAUAAAGUUCUUCCUAAAUUU